UGAUCAUAGCUUUUCAGAGAAGUUGGAAAAGCAAAAUCAUGCCUUCAUUUCAAAUGGCAACCAUAUUUCUCCUCCUUGCUGUGAUGAUGCUUGGAGGAUCCAUUAAUGCUCAGCUUAGCCCCACGUUUUAUGCCAACACAUGCCCUAACGUGUCCAGCAUUGUACGAGAGGUGCUGGAGCAGGCUGUCCAAAAUGACAUCCGAGUUGGUGCCAAAAUCAUUCGUGCUCACUUUCACGAUUGCAUGGUCGAUGGUUGUGAUGGAUCACUUUUGCUAGAUGAUGAUGAUGCAAAUGGCAUAGUUAGUGAAAAGGAUACGCCUCCCAACGAAACAAUUGAUGUAACCAUUGUUGAUGAUAUUAAAACUGCAAUCGAGAAUGCCUGCCCAGGAGUUGUAUCCUGUGCUGAUAUUUUGGCACUUGGAUCUCAAAUUGGAGUUUCAUUGGCUGGAGGUCCAACAUGGCAAGUACCACUCGGAAGAAGAGACAGUAGGACUGCAAACCAAGCUGGAACUUCUGGAAUCCCGUCUCCUUUUGACAACUUCAGCGAGCUGCAGCGAAAAUUUAGAGAUGUUGGACUUGAUGAUUCUACUGAUCUGGUUGCUUUGUCAGGUGCGCAUACAUUUGGACGUGCUCGAUGCCAAACUUUCAGCUUCCGCAUUGGAAACGAUACGACCUUGGACCCAACAUUUGCCGAAGUACUUGGACAAAUAUGUCCUGAAGGCGGGAACGCUAAUGUCUUGACAAAUCUUGAUUCAGUAACGCCUGACGAUUUUGACAACAACUACUACAUAAACCUCCAGAACAAUCGUGGCCUUCUCCAAACUGAUCAGUUUUUGUUUUCAACCACUGGAGCUAACACAGUCCCCAUCGUCAACAGAUUUGCUGGUAGCCAAAGUGACUUCUUUGAUGCCUUCGUUCAAUCCAUGAUCGCUUUGGGAAACAUAAGCCCAUUGACUGGAAGCAAUGGAGAGAUCAGGGCAAAUUGCAGAAGGAUCAACUAGAAUGUUUCUGCACACCUAUAUUACAUUAUUGAGGGAUACUGAAGAUUUCCCAAUAUUUUAUCAAUUGUACAAUAAGGGCAAUGAAAUGUUUUGUCCGGUUUAUAUGUUAUCAAAUUUGAUGGCUUGAAGCAAAGUAAAAGUUAACAUUUUCCUUUUUAUUUUCUUAUGAGCGGUAUGAAUUCUGUUUUUCCUUUGCCCUAGACUUGAAGAUGAGAUGCUCAAUAUAAGCAUCCCCCGAUUUCAAGAUUAAGAAUAAAUAGAAAAUUAUACAAACAAUAACCGGAGCUUAGCAAGCUCAAUUGAUUCCACUCCUCAGAAGUGGCAUCCAGCAAGAUUUGAGGUCCAACUUGCAAUUCUUUCACCUAUUC